UUUGCAAGGCAAAGAGAAAAAGUUGACAGCACCUUUUCUUUCUAAUGAGUUUUAAGAAGCGUAACGUAGAUCAGCAACCCAAAUUACCUUCUGGGUCUCGUCUCAGUGCGUAUAAUGGACAGCUUUUGAUUUCCACCGGUGUACCCUCGUUGGAUGAUAUUUUGGGAGGAGGACAACCUGUGGGCACUAUUAUGCUGAUUAAAGAGGAUCGUGCCACGACAUAUGCGCAAUUAUUAUUAAAGUAUUUUAUUGCACAAGGUAUGGCAUCAGGCCAUCAUGUGGCUGUUACCUCACGCGAUGAAGAUCCUCAAGAAAUGUUGAAAACUUUAAUGUGGUUGUCUACUUCCGAUAGAGACGACGACGACGAGACUGAUAAGAAUAAGAAUACAAGAACCGAUGCCGAAAGUGAUCGUUUAAAGAUUGCUUGGAGAUACAAUCAUUUAAAGCGUUUCGAAACCGGUGUCAAGUCAAAGCCUGCAUCACCUGUACCUGUCAGUACAGAUCAGAAACAAAAGGAUCAAGCAGUGGAUGAACCCAAGCCUUAUUGCAGCCAAUUUGAUCUGACGAAACGAGUACCAGCUACAGUAUUAGAGGAAGCCAAAACCGAGAUAUUACAAUGGCAAGAUGAUACAGAGGAAGUGGAUGAUUACGAAACCUUGUUGAAGCAAAUUCGUAAAGUUGUGCUGGAUGGACAAUUUAGUUCAGCUAUACCCGUUGCACCUGGAACACCACGUAAUGCGUUAAGAGUAGCUAUUCAUUCACUGGCAUCACCUAGCUGGCAAUCCAAGUCACCUCAUGAUUUAUAUAAAUUCUGUCAUGCACUUCGUGGUUUGCUUCGUUUUUCAUUUGGUACAGCUGUGAUUACAGUGCCAGCCUACUUGUAUGACGAAGUUCCUCAUGUGAUGCGACGUAUUGAACAUAUGGUGGAUGCCGUAAUUGAAAUUGAAUCAUUUGCAGGAGACCCAGUGUAUAGUGAAGCAGCAUAUACACAAAAUUAUCAUGGAUUCUUCCAUGUGCAUAAACUACCAGUAUUGAACUCCCUCUUACCACCCAGCACGAAAUUAUCCGUGUUAUCAGCCGGCGGUAGUAAUGAUCUUGCAUUUAAGCUCCGACGUAAACGUUUCGCGAUUGAGACAUUCCACUUGCCACCGGAGGGAGGUGUGGUGACACGCCGUACAGAAGCGCCUUCUGCGACAGGUCCCAGUAAGGAUAAGAAGGAAACAUCCAGUGCAGGAUUAUCUUCACUAGCUAAUCGUGGGCCUAAAAAGGUUGGAUGUGGGUCCACGCCUGGCAAAGUGGAUCCUUUGGAGUUUUAAAAAGACGGAGGUGUUUAUGAUAGACCCUGAAGGGAGAGUAUAUUAAAUACCACAGUGUAUAAGAAUAAUUCAUUAAUAAAAAACCAACUGAAAGGGGGUGUGUGUGCCGAUGUUUUAAUUAG